CAGGGGAAAAAUGGCCAUUGCGCGCACUUUGUGCCACAAACAGCGCGCGUCUCCGCUCCCAGAGAGAGAGAGAGAGAGCAGGAGAGAGGCAGAGGAGGGUGACAGCUUGUCUCACAUCCACAGACAUUUUCAGAGGCGGAUGAACGCUUGAACUGCACUUUUGACGUCAGGAAAAAUAAUUCCAUCCUACUCUUUCAUCCGGGUCUUCUUCUUCUCCGCUUCCCUUGUGAUUUUAAUAUUUACUUCAUCCAGACCUGCGGCGGCUUGAAUCAUCAAAAACAGCACAUAUGCAUCCAUGUAAAGAGGAGCUGCGGCUGGAGGAGCAGCGGCCGUGAUUCAGAGCGCAUCUCCGUCUGCUGCAGCUGACUUUUCAUCUCUUUCUCUCUUUCUCUCAGCUGAAAAUCUCGGGAGGAUGUUUGUGCUCCGGCUCAACAAGUCUGCUCUGCUUUUUACACAUUAACUGUUGAUGGCUGCGGAAUGGAGAUAGCCUUGGUGAGUUUUGAGAACGGCGACGCUAAAGGAAGCGGUGGUGGUGGUGGAGGCAACAAUGCCGAGGAUAGCUGCCGGAACGCACUGGAUGUCCCUCAGUCGGGCUUCGUUCAAAGUGGACGCGGGGAAGACAACAGUAAAGAGCUGAACACCCGGGGGAGUCCUCAGCAGCGCAGCCCCUGGAAGAUCAACGACAUGAACAACACUUUCAGCUGCAGCGAGAACGCCAUGGAUGCGCUUUUACGCGCGGACCACAGUCCUCAUCUUUUUGACGAGGACAUGCUUGACAUGGACAUGGACACUGAAAGCAACGAGAGGGUGCUCAUUAACAUAGCCGGACUGAGGUAUGAGACCCAGCUGGGCACUCUGAACCAGUUCCCUGACACUUUACUGGGAGACCCUGCCAAGAGGAUAAAAUACUUCGACCCGCUCCGAAACGAGUACUUCUUCGACCGCAACAGGCCGAGUUUUGACGGGAUUUUGUAUUUUUAUCAGUCGGGUGGGAAGAUCCGGAGACCUGUUAAUGUGUCGAUUGAUGUGUUUGCAGAUGAGAUUAGGUUUUAUCAGCUGGGGGAGGAAGCCAUGGAGAGGUUCCGCGAAGAUGAGGGCUUCAUAAAGGAGGAAGAGAAGCCGCUGCCACAGAAUGAGUUUCAGAAGCAGGUCUGGCUAAUAUUUGAGUAUCCGGAGAGCUCCAGUCCGGCCCGGGGCAUCGCCAUCGUGUCCGUGAUCGUCAUCACCAUAUCCAUCAUCACCUUCUGUCUCGAGACGCUGCCAGAGUUCAGGGAUGAGCGAGAGCUUCCGGUCACCAGCCGGCUGGACAACAGCACGGCGCCGCGGCCGUCCCUCACCUUCUCAGACCCCUUUUUCAUAAUAGAGACCACCUGUGUCAUCUGGUUCACUUUUGAGCUGAUCGUGCGCUUCUUCGCGUGUCCCAGCAAGUCGGAAUUCUCAAAGACCAUCAUGAACAUCAUCGACAUCAUGUCCAUCAUGCCUUACUUCAUCACAGUGGGCACGGAGCUGGCGGAGCAGCAGGGCCAGGAGCACCAGAACGGCCAGCAGGCCAUGUCGCUGGCCAUCUUGAGGGUCAUCCGUCUGGUCCGAGUCUUCCGGAUCUUCAAACUGUCCAGACACUCCAAGGGGCUCCAGAUCCUUGGGCAGACUCUGAAAGCCAGCAUGCGGGAACUCGGCCUCCUCAUCUUCUUUCUCUUCAUUGGAGUCAUCCUCUUCUCCAGCGCCGUUUACUUCGCAGAAGCAGACGAGCCGGAGUCUCACUUCUCCAGCAUCCCUGAUGCCUUCUGGUGGGCCGUGGUUACCAUGACAACCGUCGGCUACGGUGACAUGAGACCGGUAACGGUUGGGGGUAAGAUCGUGGGCUCCCUUUGCGCCAUCGCCGGCGUGCUGACUAUCGCGCUCCCGGUACCGGUCAUUGUGUCCAACUUCAACUACUUCUACCACCGGGAGACGGACCAGGACCAGUCCUCCCUGAAAGAUGAGCCCAACAGCGGCAGAGCCAGUCCGGAGCGCAAAGAGAGCAAAUCAUCCGUGAAGUCGCAGGAUGUGGAGAACAAUGACCCGGGCGCUUCAGCGGAAAAGACGAACAUCAAAGCGAACAGCAGCAUGGACUUCAAGAAAUCCCUUUACGCUUUCUGCCUGGACACACGGGAGACAGACCUGUAGCCCCGCAGCCGCCAUCCUCACUUUUAAAAACAGUUUAAGCUCAUAGUUGUGUAGAAUUAACCCCGGUUAAUGGGCUCUAGAGCCAGUCACAGUGUGGGAGGAUCAACGCAUUGCAAUCCUGGAAAGUUUUCAGAGCGGUGUGGGUCCAAAUAUAAAAAGCACAUUUUAAUCCCCCUUAACUGGUAAGAACAUCUAUAACUGAAGACUGACAAGUUGUGAAAAAACACGGUGCAUGCAUGGAAAGUGGCCCUUUAAUAUAGUAGGAACACCUAUAGAACCUGAACUCAAACUCAUGAAUGAGUUCAUGGGAAAUGGGACAUGGAGCUUAUGCUGCAGAUAAUCAAGGAGAAUCAGGAUUUUGGAUAAUUACUUGACAUGGCGGAGGAUUAAACAGACUGUACAUAAUGUAAGAACCAGUAGAAGAGCAAAAUCACAAGCCAGAUUCGAUCCUUCCUUACAUUUAGUCGUUAUGUUUACACCAAAACGUUGCAGCAGAUUUGUACAUAUUUCCCACAAGCUAAUUAUUUCCAGAGCUGUUGUUUUUGUGGAUGAUUUGGAGAAAAAGAGAGGUAUAUUUUUUGAGAUGCAGACACCUGAUGAGAAACUUAACACUUAUUUAUUUUGUAACUGAGAAUGGAAUGACUCUCAGAGGAUCUCAUCCUUGUUUCUCAUCAUUUUAAACUCAACAAUUUUGAGAUUUCUAUUUUUUUUUAAGAAUAUGGACAUUAAAUGGAAGUAUGCGAAUUGAGAAGACAUUAACCAGGAAAAGAGGACAGAACAGAGACCACCUGGAGAGGCUGAGUAUCAACAACAGGU